AUUUUCCUACUUACAUUCACCCAUCCCUAUUUUCUCUCUCUGUCUCUCCUUAUUUUCCUUCCAGAGAGACAAAUGCUCUCCUUCUGUCUCCCCUCUCCACCGCCGGAUAUCUGACCCACGACCACCACAGCAACAAACCCACAAUCAUGGGCCAUCACACCCGCCGAGACUCUGCACCCACCAUUCCUUCUAACCCACCACCACAACCCCACCACCAUAAUGACGAAACCACAGCCGCCGCUGCCGGCGAACCCAUCGACCUCCCAUGCCCCUUCGGAACUCUCGAAGGCCUCGACACCGACGACUUCCGCGAAAUCGCCUACGAGAUUUUCUUCACGGCAUGCCGGUCCUCACCCGGCUUCGGCGGCCGAAACGCGCUGAAUUACUACUCUGCCUCCGCCGUGGACGGCGGCGGAGAAGGCGGCGGGAUGGGGUCGCCGGUGAAGGAGAAGGGGGUGGGGAUGGCGGUGACGAGCAGGGUGAAGAGGGCGUUGGGGCUGAAGAUGUUACGGCGGUCGCAGUCAAGGCGGACGAGCUCGGUGGGGGUGGGGGCGGCGGCACCUUCGUCGCCGUCGUCGCCCGCACACCACCACGGCGGAGGGGGGAGUCCGGGGGCGGCAUUUAGUACGGUGCCGGGGGCGGGGAGGACGAGGCGGCCGAUGACGUCGGCGGAGAUCAUGAGGCAGCAGAUGAGGGUGACGGAGCAGAGCGAUAACCGGUUGAGGAAGACCCUCAUGAGAACUCUUGUUGGCCAGAUGGGGCGGCGAGCCGAAACCAUAAUCCUACCAUUAGAGCUCCUCCGCCAUCUAAAGCCCUCCGAAUUCACCGACCCCCACGAAUAUCACAUAUGGCAAAAACGCCAGCUGAGGCUCCUCGAGUACGGCCUCCUCCUCCACCCCUCCACCCCCCUCGACCCUUCCAACCAGUUCGCCACCCGCCUCCGCGACAUCAUCGCCGCCGCCUCCACCAAGCCCAUCGACACCUCCAAAAACUCCGAGCCCAUGCGGUCCCUCUGCAACGCCGUGGUCUCCCUCUCCUGGCGCACCCACGACGGCUCCCCCACGGACACCUGCCACUGGGCGGACGGGUUCCCCGUCAACGUCCACAUCUACACCGCCCUCCUCCGGUCCAUCUUCGACGCCAAAGACGAAACGCUUGUUCUGGACGAGGUGGACGAGUUGCUGGAGCUGAUGAAGAAAACCUGGUCUACUUUGGGGAUUAAUAAGAAGAUUCACAACAUAUGCUUCACCUGGGUUCUGUUCCAGAACUUCAUCUUGACGGGGCAGGUAGAGGGGGACCUGCUCUGCGCGACGCUGGCCAUGCUGAACGAGGUCGCGGGGGACGCCAAGAGAGGGGACAGGGAGGACUCCUACCCGAAGAUGGUCGGGUCGGUCUUGGUGGGGAUCAAGAAGUGGGCGGAGAGGAGGUUGUUUUGCUAUCACGGGGCGUUUCACAGGGGCAGUGUUGGGCUGAUGGAGACCCUUUUGCCGUUGGUUUUUGCGGCCGCGAAGAUAUUGGAAGAGGAUAUUGUGGGUUUUGUGGCAGUUGAUCAAGAGAAAGCUGGGGAUGUGAUCAGUAAUGUGACUGUGGACUCGACUGGGAAUCAGGUGGAUCGAUAUAUCCGGUCUUCGCUCAAGUAUGCAUUUGCUAAGCUGCUAGAGAAAGGGAAUUACAAUGGCAUCACAUUUGAAGUACAAGAAGUGGCCGAGGCCCUCAUUAAUCUUGCAAGAGAGACCGAAGAACUAGCCAUGAAGGAGAAGGUGGUGUUUAGCCCUGUGCUCAAGAAAUGGCACCCGAUCGCAGCCGGAGUUGCAGCCGUGACACUCCACACUUGCUAUGGCACCUUAUUGAGGCAAUAUUUGGCCGGUGCGUCACCUCUCACAAAUGAGACAAUAUCGGUAUUGCAGAGAGCCGGAAAGCUGGAAAAGGUGCUGGUGCAAAUGGUGGUUGAGGACUCUGCUGAAUGUGAAGAUGGGGGAAAAGCCAUUGUUAGAGAGAUGGUUCCGUACGAAGUUGAUUCAAUCAUAUUUAACCUGUUGAAACAGUGGAUGCAGGAGAGGUUGAAGAAAGGGAAGGAGUGCCUCCAGAGAGCAAAAGAAACUGAAACAUGGAACCCCAAAUCCAAAACUGAGCCAUAUGCACAAUCAUCUGUGGAGCUAAUGACUCAUGCCAAAGAAACUGUGAACGCCUUCUUUGAAAUUCCAUUAGGCAUUUCUGAGGAUAUAGUUCAUGAUCUUGCCGACGGCUUGGAGCAUCUCUUGCGCGAGUACACUACCUUUGUUGCAUCAUGCGGAUCAAAACAGAGUUACAUCCCAACUCUUCCUCCUCUGACUCGAUGCAACCGGGACUCGAAGUUCACCAAGUUGUGGCGAAAGGCUACCCCUUGCAGUGUCAUAGUGGACGAUGCACAUCUGAGUGCAUCAAACGAAGGGCACCACCCACGCCCUUCAACAAGCCGCGGAACACAACGCCUCUACAUCCGCCUCAACACCUUACACUACCUCCUAACCCAGCUCCACUCGCUCGACAAAACCCUCUCUCUCUCCCCUCGCGUGAUUCCCUCAACCCGCCACCGGUACACCAACCGUAGGCAUGCUGGCAGUUCCUCCUCCUACUUUGAGCUUGCCUGCUCGGGCAUUCAAGCCGCUACUCAGCAUGUGUCGGAAGUUGCUGCCUACCGUCUAAUCUUUUUAGACUCUAGUUCUGUAUUCUACGACACAUUGUAUUUUGUCGAUGUUGAAAACUCGCGCAUAAAACCAGCUUUGCGAACUCUGAAGCAAAACCUCACUCUCUUGGGUGCCAUUGUCACUGACAGGGCUCAGCCGCUGGCGAUUAAAGAAGUCAUGAGAGCCUCUUUCGAGGCCUUCCUCAUGGUUCUGCUGGCUGGUGGAAGCUCACGGAUCUUUUCAAGGACGGAUCACCAGAUGAUCGAGGAGGACUUUGACAGUUUGAAGAAGGUGUUUUGCACGUGCGGUGAAGGGUUGAUAGUCGAGGAUGUGGUGGAGAGAGAGGCUGAGACGGUGGAAGGGGUGGUGGCGUUGAUGGGACAAUCCACGGAACAACUCGUGGAGGAUUUCAGCAUCGUGGCUUGUGAAGCGAGCGGGAUUGGGGUCGUGGGCGUAGGGCAAAAACUGCCCAUGCCUCCCACGACUGGUAAAUGGAAUAGAUCGGAUCCAAAUACGAUACUAAGGGUCUUGUGCCAUAGGAAGGACAAAGCCGCGAAUGAGUUCUUGAAGAGGACAUUCCAAUUAGCAAAGAGGAGGUGAUGACCGAUCGAUUUUUUAUGUAUAGCCGAAGCAAAAGAUUGUUACAUCAUUCAUUUUUUUUGAACAAAAUCUGGUUGAAGCCGCAUAAAGGAAAUGUGAAAGAGUUGCAUUGUACUAUGUUUUAUUAUAUGUUCAGAAUUUUGAAUGUGAAAUGAGAGGGAAAUUGUAUAGAAAAUUGUGAGAGAA